GGGUCCUUUCUGUGGUGGCGGCUGACGGCCUGUCGGCCCGCUCGCGCCCGCCUGCUUCCGCCACGUCGCCGUGUCCCGCAGUUGGGGACGGCGAUGGCGGGUUCUGGGACGGCAUUCAGCUUGGCGACUCGGUUGCGGUCAACGGGGUCUGUCUUACUGCGACGUCGUUGCCUCUGGCGACUCCGGCGAGUGAGCUUCCGGGCUCGGUGGCCGACAAGCUCCCGGCGAGCUGCGGGCCGGCGCCCGUCGUCGUCACCUUCUUUGUUAUGGCCGAGUCGCGGGCGAUCACCACCUUUGGUGCGCUUGCUGGCUGGAAGCCGACGGCCGAUGCGGCGUCUGAUGUUGUCGGCGUCAACAUUGAGCGUGCUCUGCGUCAUGGCGCCGAGCUUGGAGGGCACGUUGUCUCGGGGCACGUUCAUGGCAUGGUGGCUGUGGCCGCUGUGGAGGAGCCAGGCGACGGCUCGCGCAAUGUGUGGCUCGCGGUUCCGCGCAUGCUGCCCACCGCAUCGUCGAUCGUGUACAAGGGCUCGGUGACUCUGGACGGUGUCUCGCUUACGGUUGCCGAAGUCGCCGCCAAGCCGCCAACGUCGGCUGCUGGUGUCGCUCCGGGCACCUGUCCCGCCGCUGAGGAGAUCCUGGCGGCUGCCGAGACUUUUUCCGAGUCUCGCUCAUUCCGGCGACGCUCGAGGCGACGACGCUCGGCGAGACGACCCGCCGCCGUGGCGCGCUGCUCAACAUCGAAGCCGAUGCGGUCUCGCGCCACUGGCAGCCUGAGGAUACGGGUGCGACUGCCGCCGACGUGGCGCGACUGGGUGCGAUUCCGAGCGAUGUUGCUGCACGCGACGCGUUCUUUAUGGCGCGAGCUGUGGCCGUUGGCGAGACUGCCAAGUUUACUGCCGCUUCGAACCCGCAUGUUGGAUGCGUCAUUGUUGCCAGCGAUGGAGUGACGGUGGUUGCCGAGGGCGUGCACAAGGCUGCUGGUCUUGCGCAUGCUGAGCGGGAUGCGAUCGAGCGUGCCCGGCGCGAAGGCCGAGCGAACGAGCUUGUCGGCGCCACGGUGUACACCACACUUGAGCCGUGCCACAACCACGGACGGACGCCGCCGUGCGACGCGCUGCUGAUAGCGGCGCGGGUGGCGCGGGUUGUUAUCGGGGUGGUUGAUCCGGAUGGCCAGACGGAUGGGCAAGGGCGGCAGGUGCUGCUUGACGUUGGCAUCGAGGUGGUGACGGGUGUCGGUGCGGAGCUAGUCGAGGCUUCGCUUGCAGCGUACUUGCAUCAUCGGCGGAGUGGGCGGCCGUAUGCGGUGCUCAAGACGGCCGUCUCGAUUGAUGGAUGCAUUGCCGCCGCCGACGGCUCGUCGCAGUGGAUUACUUCCGAGGCAGCGCGGCACCAUGCGCACGGCCUCCGGGCCGCGUCGCAGGCUGUGGUGGUCGGCUCGAGCACCGUGCUAGCGGACAACCCGCGGCUGACGGUGCGGAGCUACCCCAAGGCGUCCGCUCUCGGGCGGCACCUCAAUCCGCUGUAUCCAUCGAGCGCCCGGCAGCCGUUGCGUGUAGUGCUUGAUGGCCGCGGACGGGUGCUUGAUGCGGCGAUGGCCGGCAGCGAGCUGCAUGUCUUUGAGACGAGCCUCGCGCCGACGGUUGUCUUUACUGCUUCCAGCGACAAGGUGGCUGCAGCGGUUGCAGCUGGCCUGGUCUCGGACUCGGUCGACGGUGUGCGUGCGGUGGUUGUCCCGCGGAGCGGAAACGGUGUCGGCGUCGAUCUCGGCGCAGUCCUCGCAUGGCUUGGUCGCGCCGGCCUGCUCCAAAUCAUGAUCGAGGGUGGUGCGACGCUCCAUGCGCAGUUUGUGGCGUCGGGCAUCUUUGACGAGAUCCACGUCUACCGCGGCAACACGGUGCUGGCUGGCGGCAAGCCAUGGGCGGGCACUAGCGGUAGUGUCGGUGCUGGUGGGUCGAUGGCCGACGCGCCACGGUUGCAGCUGGCCGAGACCGCGGUGCUCGAUGAGUCGAACGUGUUUGAGAAGUGGGCGAGGGAGAGCGUUUUCAAGCCCAACGCGCCGACCAGUGCCGGGCUCGAGGCAAGUGCUGUUGCGGAGGAUGACGACGAGCUGCCGUUCACGCCCGUGGGCGAGGUCAUUGAGCGGUUUCGUGCCGGCGAGGUGGUGGUGGUCAUGGACGACACCGAUCGCGAGAACGAAGGCGACCUCAUUGUGGCUGCGGAAAAAGCGACACCCGAGGCUGUGGUGCUUUUCCUGGAGCACACCACUGGCAUUUUGUGCACGCCGAUGUCUGCUUCGCGGGCGGCCGAGCUCGAGCUGCCGUUGAUGGUGCCGCCGUCAUCGGCGUCGGAUCCGCAUGGGACGGCGUUCACCAUCACGGUCGAUGCGUGGGACGCAACAACCGGCGCUCCGGCAAGCGAGCGGGCGCGGACGGCGCGACUGGUGGCUUGCGGGAACAAGAGCGAGCUCCGGCGUCCGGGCCACAUCUUUCCGCUCAUUGCGCGGCCUGGCGGGCUUGGGGUCCGGCUCGGACACACCGAGGCCGGGGUGACGCUGGCGCAACUGGCCGGGCUUGCGCCUGUGGCGCUGCUCUCAGAGAUUGUGGACAAGGCCGAUCCGCAGGGUGGGAUGGCGCGGCGGCCGCAGUGUGCGGCGGUGGCAGCCAAGCAUGGUCUCGCUUUUACAACAGUAGCGCACAUUCGCGAGUACAUGCUUGCGCACUCGCUCCCGUUUGCGCUCGACUCGCCGCCAGUGGUGGCCGAGCGGGAGGAGGGUGGCGGCAACGAGAGCGAGUUCUCGGCGUGCUUCCUCGAUCUUGCAGCGCCGCACGGGACGUGGGUCCUCCGGGUCUAUCAGAGCGGCACGCGAGUUCUUGUCCGCGGGGUGGAGGGCGACGAUCCAAGCGCGCCGCUGCCGCGUGGGCGCAAACCUACGCUGGUCCGCAUCCACUCGGAGUGCUUUACCGGCGAUGUGCUCGGCUCGGCGCACUGCGACUGCGGCGCGCAGCUGAAGCGGGCGCUUGACGUGCUGUCGGCGGCCGGGCGCGGAGUCAUCAUUCUGCCAGCUGGCCACGAGGGGCGCGGCAUCGGGCUGUUUGACAAGGUCAAGGCGUACCGUGCGAUGCGCGAGACGCCAGGCCUCGACACGUACGCGGCCAACGUGGCCGUCGGCCACGCCGAGGACGCGCGGUCAUUUGACGAGUGCCCGAACCUGCUCGCCGCCCUCAACGUCGACUCGGUUGUCCUUCUCUCGUCGAAUCCCGCCAAGAAAAAGGUGCUGCUCGACGCCGGGCUCCUUGCCGAGUCGCGGGCGCUGGUCACGGGCGUCUCGCCGCGCAACGUCGAGUACCUUGCGGCCAAGGCUGUGCGUCAUGACGAUGCCAAGCUUGCCAAAGUCGUGGCAGCAGUUCGGAGUGGCAACGGCUCCGGAGCAGUUGCUGACAGCGGCAAGGGGAGUGGACCGGCCAACGACAACGCUACCGGAAGCGAGAACGGGUGCGCGAGCGCGAGCGACGAAGCGACUGGCGGAGCGCCUAGCGCGGAAGAGGGCAUCGGCGGCUACCGCAAGUCGCUCCUCUCUGCGGUGGCGUUGCCCAAGUUGACGCGCGAGGCUGUGGUGGCUGCGCGGCCGCGAAUCCUCGUUGUGCGUGCGGCGUGGCACGCGCCGGUCAUUUCCGCGCUUGUCGACGAGAUUGCGCGGGUGAUGGCCGAGCAGUACGGAGUGGAUGUGGGGGCGCAGAUCAAGCAGGUGGUGGUGCCCGGCUCGUAUGAGCUGCUGUAUGGAGUGGAGGCGGCGGCAGCCAAGUACGCGCCGGACGUGGUCAUUGCAGUCGGCAUUCUCAUCAAGGGCGCAACGGCGCACUUUGAAUACGUCUCGUCGGCGGUGGUCGACGGGCUGGUGGCGCUGCAGGCCAAGAUUGGCGUUCCGAUUGUCAACGGCGUGCUCAACGUGUAUGAUGUGGACCAGGCGAUCGAGCGGUGCGACCCUACGUCGGAUCACUGCUCAGGCCCAUCGCUGGCGCUCACGGCGCUGCAAAUGGCGACGUUUGCGGCAAGCCUCGACGACGAGUGGUAGUCCGUCGCGCCAGCAGUUGGCCCGCGCCGUUUUUCCUUCCGCUGGCUACUUGUGACAGAGAGAUACCCAGGCAAGGGCAUGAAAGAAAAUUUACCAGCAAGCCAGA